AUGCUGCCGUACCUGUUCCCUGAGCUGUCCACCUUUGCUACAGUCGCCGAUCUUAUCACCCACCUUCGCACUAGUGAUGCUCGCCUGCGUGCCGCCCUUCCCACCGAGUUCUGCGCUAAGAAUCCCCCUCCCCUGUACUGGACACUCCACUUCAUAGUCACCCGUCUCCCUGACACCCUCAGCUCAGUUCGAGACCACUUCCUUGCUCGCUGUCCCACUGAGCUCACAGUCGCCCUCCUAGAGGAGCAGCUGCUAGCGGCCGAAAAGAGCAUUGUAGCUGUCGGUGCUGCUCGUGGCGCUCCUCGCACCCCCAUCUUUGAGGGGUGUUCUCCCUCUCCCCUCGCUCCCUCCUACACUACUGCUGCUGCUGUUGACUUCCUUGGUGCUGAGUCUGCUGGCGCUGCUUCUGCUCCUGGUGGGAGGCGCCGCACCGGCAAGGGCAAGGGGGGCAAGGGUGGCGGGGGUGGCGCUGGGGGGGGAGGAGGUGGGGGAGGUGGGGGGGGAGGCGGUGCUGGAGGGAGCGGUGGCGGGAGUGCUGGUGGGAGUGGGGUCGGCAGCGGAGGCGGGGGCGGCGGAGGGAGCGGUGGCGGUGGUGGCGGCGGCGGCGGCGGUGGCGGCGGCGGCGGUGGCGGUCGGAGCGGAGGUAGUGGUGGUGGCGGAGGCAGGAGUGGAGGCACUGGCUCGGGCCAGAGCUCCCAGCAGCAGCAGCGUCCCCAGACGACCCAGCAGCUUCGUGAGUGGCUUGCUCAGCGUGGGACGUCGGGGGGCAAUGGCCGCUGUUCCUAUGUCAUUCGUACAGGUGACCGCAAGGGACAGACGUGUGGGAGGUUCCACACCCCGUACCGCUGCUUCUCCCGCCUUGACGACGCUUGGCGUGAGGAGAUGGGCGAGGAUGUUGAGCGCCCCCGCUGGGCUGAGCUCAUGAGGGCUGGUGUUGAUAUCUUUGCUCUUGACUAUGAUGCUAUUAUUGCUGCCAUUGCUGUCCCGGCUGUUUGCGAGUCUGCUCUCUCAGGUACAGCACCCACAGAGACUGCUCUCUCAGGUACCGCACCGGCUGAGGCCUGUCACACCUUCACCCUUGACUCAGUCCUUGCCCAGUCCACCACUGUGCUCCCUUGUCCGGCGGUUCCGUCUGGCUCGUUGUCUGGUUUCCACCUCCCCUCGUUCUCGACGAACCUGGUGAGCAACGCUGUCAUCCAGGAUCAGUGGGUUGACACCUUUACCCCUGGAGGACAGCGUGUGGCGAUCUGCACGUGCUCCAGGACCGGCCGUCACCUGGCUACGUUUACCCGUCGGCCGGGGUCGAGUCUCUACACACUGACCACUGCGUCUCCUCAGGUCGCUGCUGUCGGUCAGGUGUCUGCGUCAGGUCUGGUGGCCCACGCCUGUGAGUGUCGUUCCCUGUCGCACCAGACUCUUCUCUGGCACCACCGCCUGGGUCACCCCUCCUUGCCACGCCUCCGUGGCAUGCACCGUCGCCGCCUUGUGUCUGGUCUUCCCAGGUCCCUCCCUCCCCUCCCUGCCUCGCCUGCGCCGCCUUGCCUUCCUUGCGUCGAGGGGCGGCAGCGCGCCGCUCCUCACUCCUCCUCGUUCCCCCCGACAGAGGCUCCUCUGCAGACCCUCCACCUGGACGUGUGGGGCCCAGCCCGCGUUCGUGGCCAGGGCGGUGAGCGGUACUUUUUGCUGGUUGUCGACGACUACUCGCGUUACACCACGGUCUUCCCCUUACGCACCGUUCGUCUCCAGCUCCGCCGCCGUUUCCGGACGGAUCUUCCUGUCCUGCGUCUGCACUCUGACAGAGGUGGUGAGUUUUCCUCCGAUCUCUUGAGGACCUUCUGUCAGGCGGAGGGCAUCGAGCAGACCUUCACGCUUCCGGACUCCCCACAGCAGAAUGGGGUUGCUGAGCGCCGCAUUGGCCUGGUCAUGGAGGUCGCUCGUACCUCCUUGGUCCACGCGGCGGCUCCCCAUUUUCUGUGGCCGUUUGCUGUCCGGUACGCCGCGCAUCAGCUCAACCUCUGGCCCCGUGUCUCCUUACCGGAGACCUCGCCCACACUGCGUUGGACGGGGGAGGUUGGCGAUGCGUCGCGCUUCCGAGUGUGGGGUGCUCGUGCCCUUGUCCGCGAUACGUCCGCGGACAAGCUCUCCUCCCGCACACUUCCCUGUGUCUUCCUUGGCUUUGUUCCUGACGCGCCGGGCUGGCAGUUUUACCACCCCACCUCGCGCCGGGUCUUCGCCUCUCAGGACGUCACCUUUGACGAGUCGGUCCCUUUUUACCGUCUCUUCCCCUACCGCACUGCCCCCCUCCCUCCCCCGCCGCUUUUCCUUGCUCCUGGUCCCCCUCCGGUAGACCCCCUUCCCCCUCAGGGUCCUGCUCCUUCAGGUGUCUCUCAGGUAGACCCUCCUCCCGUCGCUGAGCCUGUCGAGGUCACAGGUGACUCAGGUGCUGCUGCAGGUGGUGCUGCUGGGAGUGCUGAGCCUGGGGGUGCUGAGCCUGCGGGUGCUGGGCCUGGGAGUGCUGGGACUGCGGGUGCUGGAGCUGAGGGUACUGUGCCUGGGAGUUCGGCGCCUGGGGGUGCUGAGCCUGGGGGUGCUGCGACUGGGGGUGCUGAGCCUGCGUGUGCGGAGUCUGGGGGUACUGCGGCUGCGGGUACUGAGCCUGGGGGUGCUGCUACUGAGCCUACGGAGCCUCGGGUUGCUGCGUCUGGGGGUGCUCCGGUUCGGGGUGCUGAGGACUCGGACGUUGGAGCUGCUGCUGGAGCUGAGGACCCGAGCGGUGGCGCUGCUGCUGGUGCUGGGGACCCGGACGCUGGAGCUCCUGCUGGUACUGAGGACCCGGCCGCUGGAGUCUCUUCUGCUUCUGGAGACGCUGCGCGGCCGCGGCCGUACUUCGUACCGCUCCUUCAGCAGGUUCUUGGGCAGGCUCCUCCUCCUUGUCCUCCUCCCUCCGUAGACUGUCCUCCGCCUGUCCAGCCGCAGUCACAGUUACCGCCUACCUCGCCUCUCCCUGCUCCCUCUCCUUACACUGGUCCCACAGGAGGUCUUACAGAGCGUCGUGAGCCUCAGUCUCGUCCUGCGUCGCCUGUUCGUCGUGCUCGCACUGGUCGUCGUGUCCGUCGUGAGCGUCCUCCUCCUGUCCCAGGCACUCACUACAUGACUCUGCGUCCAUCUACUGCUCCUCAGCGUGUCCCUCUACCGUCUCCUCCUGCGUCCUCUUUGCCUGCCGUUCCGGACCCUGAGUCUGACCGGUAUCGUGCUGAGCACCCUACUGUCACGCGUCUCCUAGCUACUGUUGUCACUGACCCUACCUUUGAGUCCUCGGCUGCGUCUGCUCUAGUCGCUGAGUUGGUUGACUUUGCUGCUACCUGUCGUCUAGACUACGCUGCUCGCCUUGUUGCUGAGUCUGAGUCUGCGUCUGUCUGUGAGUGUGCUCUUGGCACGGACGUCCUUGAGGACAGGCAGGAGGACUUUGACUCUCUCGCGGCUGCUGUACCUCAUCUCGUGGCCUGGUUGCUUGCCCCUGAGGGAGACCCGGAUGCACUAGACAUCCCCACUCCGCGCACUUACGCAGAGGCGAUCUCGGGUCCCUACUCCUCUCAGUGGCAGACAGCCAUGGACGCAGAGAUGGCAUCCUGGAAGUCCACAGGCACCUACGUCGACGAGGUUCCCCCUCCUGGGGCGAACAUCGUCGAUGGCAUGUGGAUUUUCAGGACCUUCUCCCCCACCCCGAAGAUGACCACUCUUCGGGUUCUGCUGCACGUUGCUGCUCAGCGUGACUACGAGCUUCACUCUCUUGACUUCAGCACAGCGUUCCUGCAGGGCAGCCUGCACGAGGAAAUCUGGCUGCGCCGCCCACCUGGCUUUACUGGGUCGUUUCCGCCUGGUACCCAGUGGAGCCUCCGCCGGCCAGUCUACGGUCUCCGCCAGGCGCCACGUGAGUGGCACGACACACUGAGGACUACACUUGCGGCUCUUGGGUUCGCGCCGUCUACUGCUGACCCGUCGCUGUUUCUGCGCACAGACACGUCGCUGCCGCCGUUCUACAUUCUCGUGUACGUCGACGACUUGGUCUUUGCUACUGCUGACACUGAGGCACUCGCUCGUGUGAAGUCGGAGCUGCAGAAGAGACACACCUGCACUGACCUGGGUGAACUGCGUAGCUACCUUGGCUUGCAGAUCACCCGGGACAGAGCUCGCCGCACCAUCACCCUGACUCAGUCACACAUGGUGCAGCAGGUCCUUCAGCGCUUCGGCUUCCAGUUCUCCUCACCACAGGCCACACCUCUGGCUACCAGCCACUCGCUCUCAGCUCCACCUUCGGACGAGUCCGUAAAGCCUGACCUCAUACACAGGCGAGAGCACUGGGAGGCUGCUAAGAGGGUGCUGCGUUACUUGUGCAGUACAUCAGGCAUGGGGCUGGUGCUUGGAGGACGCGACAGAGUUGUCCUCACUGGUCACUCGGACGCUUCUUGGGUGGACGACCUAGCUACGCAGCGGUCGUCACAGGGUUACACCUUCAGCCUUGGCUCUGGUUCUGUCUCGUGGCGGUCCACCCGCUCUUCUUCUGUUCUCGGCUCUAGUUGUGAGGCUGAGAUCUACGCCACAGCCAUGGCUGCACAGGAGUUACGCUGGCUCACCUACCUGCUGACUGACUUGGGAGAGCGGCCUAGUUCUCCUCCAGUUCUGUACGGUGACAACAAGGCGGCCCUUGCCUUGUGUCAGGAGCACAGACUGGAACACAGGACGAAGCACAUUGCUCUUCGCUACUUUCUUGCUCGAGAGCUUCAGCAGCGCGGUCAGCUUCGGCUUGUGUACGUGGACUCGAAGGCCAACACUGCUGAUAUCUUCACCAAGGCGCUCCCGCCUAGUGAUCAUCAGCGACACUGUACUUCUUUAGGCCUUGUGUCCACAUUCCCUCAUUUGCUUACUGCUUGA